AUGAAUGAACAGAAUAUAAGCAAUAAUAAUUGUGAUAUUAAUGAUGAAGGAACAAGUGAAAUAAAUGAUGAAAAUAUUAUAGGUUUAUGCAUAAAAAAUAUAUUAGAUUCUACAUUGGAAAAGAAUAUACACUGUGAGAAUUUCUUGGUUACAAAGAAUAUUGCAUUAAAUAAUUUUAUUAAAGCAAAUAAUGUUUCUGAAGAUAAUAUAAAGGUAUCAGAUACUGUGGAUGAUGAUGCUAUACCAUAUGAUAUAAUAUACAAUGAAGAUAUUUUAAAUAUAAAAAAUGAUGAUGAUAUUAUAAAUGAAGAUAUAAAUUAUACUAAGGAGUUAAAAAAUUAUAAUACUAAUAAUAGUAAUAUAUAUUCAUUUAAUAAUAACGAAUCAAAUGAAAUAAAUAAAAAAAAAGUGGAAAAAAAAAGAAAGAGAAAUUACCUUAAUAUUAAUGAUUAUAAUUUUGAUUAUGAUGAAGAAGACUUUGUUACAAGUUCAAAUGAAGUCUUCUUAAAAACACAUAAUGAUAAUGACAAUACAUCUGAAACUUCAAAGAUUAUUAAUAUGGAUGAUGAUAUUAUAAAGAACCUAAUUAUGCCUCCUGUAGUACCAUUCAAUGAUAUGUUUAAGAAAUUUAAUAAAGAAAUAAGUGAUAUAUAUAUAAAAAAUAAAAAUAAUAAUAUAGAAGAUUUAAAUAUAUUCUUAGCUUCACAAUUAUUAUGUUUAGAAGAAAAAGAAGAUACCUUUAUUAAUGAAAAUAAUUUUAUUAAUUCUAAUUUUGACUCUUUUAUAUUAAAAAAAUUAAAAAUUAUAAAUGACCCUGAUUGUAAUAAUUUUUCUAAUCAAAAUAAAGAUUUACAAAAACUUUUUAUGUAUUUAAUGUCUUGGUAUUUUUCAGGAUAUUAUUCGGGAAAAAUGAGUGUAUUGAAGGAAUUAUAUAGACAAUAA